AUGUCGCAGACCCCUUUCAACAAGGGAGACCAAGUGGAGGUCACAAGGCCAGGCCAUGGCUCCACCGGGCCCUACUACCCAGCCACGGUGCUCCGUCCUGUAUUUAAGGACAAAGCCCACAUGUUGGUCCAGCACCAAACGCUAACCAACCCCAACGCCGACGGCUCAAAAACCCUAACCGAGAUUGUCGAAUUGCGCAAUGCCAGGCCUAUGCCUCCCAAAGAGCUCUACGAGUUCUUCAAAGUCGGUGACGACGUCGACGCCUAUAGAGAUAAAGGGUGGUCUCGCGGGACUGUCAGGGAUAUUUUGGAGAAUUCCAAGUACUUGGUUGCGUUCCAGGGUCAAGAAUUUCAGUGUCAGCAGUUUAAUUUGAGGCUGCAUAGAGAGUGGGAAGAUGACUCUUGGGUCCCUGUCUUUCAAGAAGAGAAAACGUCACUGGUGAAGUCCAGAAAGUUGGUAUUGAAAAUUAAGUGCAGCAACAGAACAUCGGGGGCAAGCUUCGAAAAUGGGACUGUGGUGGAGGUUAGCAGUGAUGAGGAAGGUUACAAGGGUGCUUGGUACACUGCUAAAAUAAUUGACCAUAUAGGAAGCGACAAGUUUCUGGUGGAAUAUGAGCACCUGGUAACCGAUGAUGGAACAGAGCUCUUGAGAGAAGAAACAUGUGCAAGUUAUAUUAGACCUUGCCCCCCUCGGCUUCCACCAGUUGCUCAGUUCAAAGUGCUCCAGAAAGUCGAUACUUUGUACAAUGAUGGAUGGUGGGAGGGUACCAUUUCCAAAGUUCUAAGCGGCUCAAAGUAUGUUGUCUACUUCAGCACCACGAAUGAGGAAUUAGAGUUUAAACAUUCCAAUUUGAGGCCUCAUCAGGACUGGAUUAAUGGACGAUGGAUCCAUUGUUACAUGGAAAAUUCUCGUGAGGCGGUAGCUACAUCAGUAAAUUUCAACAGUAGAUGCAUAGCUGAAAGAAACUAUGCCAAAGUUCAGUAG